AUGCUCAGUCACUCAUAUGUCCCUGGUGCAAGGCUUGCAAGGGGUGAGCACUUGGUGUUCGUGCGCAUCGAUUCGUACCAGUUUCUGUCUCCUGUGAAAAGUCGCGGUAUUCCCUUCAGAGUCGCAAAACCUCUGUUAGAGAUCGGGCUCCAGCACGGCAGGAUUUGGGUCUCCUAUCGAUCCACAGUAGUCUUCAUUAUGCUUGAACCAUCCCAACGAAUUAGAAGGGCAGUUCAUGCAAACGACUCCCUCCUCGUCCAACGCAUCCUCAAAUCCCACCCACAGCUCAUACACAAUCCCGACAUCACCCCCGGUGGCCUUUCCGACUCGAACCUACACCUCGCCGCGAAGCUCGGUCACUUGGACAUUUGCAAGAUCCUGGUUGCCAAUGGACACGAAGAUCCAGUGCCUGCAUUGAAUGAGCACCAUCAAACGGCUCUCAUGCUAGCGGCAGGGGCUGGACACACAGAGGUAGUCCACUUCUUGUGCGAGAACGACCCUUCUUGCAUACAGCGCCGAGAUAUCCGCGGACGGGAUGCAGUUAUGGAGGCCAGUUUGGGUGGGCACGACACCGUUCUUCAACUUCUCCUUACCUUUGCACCUGGUGGUGCAACUGCUGCCGUGCAGUCUUCGGACCGAGACGGCAAUACGGCGCUCCACUUUGCCAGCAGCAAUGGGAACCUUCUAGUCCUACGCACACUGCUUGCUGCGGGCGCUGAUGCCGAGAAGAGGAACAUCUGGAGCUGGAAAGCCGUUGCAUACAGUGCAACUGUACAGGCCGAAGUCUACCUGAAGAACCUCGUGGGCGAUAUCGAGAAGAGGAGACGUGCUAAGAGCGAUGGCGAUGAGUCCAGGAAAGGUGCUGCAGUUCGUAUUGUCGAGCAUGAUGCUUCUCCGAGCGGCUGA